UUUUUGGUGUGAUUUGAUUUGUAAACUACGGUCACACUGCACAAAAACAUGAGCUGUUGUUAAAUGAGAGCGAAUUUUUAGAUUUCGGUUUUCAGCGAGCGCGCGUGCCAAAUAUUACACUCGAAUCGUUAGUGCAAAAUAUAAAAUAAAACAGUAGCACAACAGGCCAGGAUAUACUCGUCUCAAUGGUGGCAUUGCAUUAGUUUUGCUCGUCUGACUGAUUUAUAUUUUGUACUAUGUUUUUUUUUUGUUAUACUAUUGAUUAAAUUUGCUGUGAAUACACACACACACCACACACAUACACAUACACACGCACGCACGCCCUGAGCUCACACACACAAACAAAAAAAAACAGAAAAAAAAAAAAACGGUUAGAGAGGAAAACAACAACAAAAAUUAUAUCUGGCGCGCAAAUACACAGAAAAAAAAAACACCCAAAUACACAACACAAAUUGAUAAAUUGCUUAGACGCUAAAUGAAUCGAAGAAUAUUGCUGUAGAGCGUGAGUUAGCUGUUCCACCGAUUGCCGAAACAAUGGACGUUGCUGAUAAGGUUCAGACGGCUUCCAGCACCACAACUACCACCACCACCACCACCACUACAAGUACAGCGGAACCAGUAACGGCGACGCUCACCCUGCGCAAUGGGCGACUGGACUGGGAGCAAAUCCUUCAGGAUCAGCCGGAUCAGCCACAACAGGAGCUACUGCCAGGGACGGCUACCAGCCAUCAGAAGCAGACAAUGUCGGCGGACGAGAGAAAGGCCACCAAGAAGUCCCUGGUGAUUGUGGCAGCGAUAUUUGUGGCCAGUGUGGCUACCAUGUUCUAUGUCUACGCUAUAUUCCCCGAGCUGAAUGAGUCGGAGAAGCAGCAUUUGAAAAUUCCUCGUGAUAUCCAAGAUGCCAAGAUGCUGGCCAAGGUCCUGGACCGUUACAAGGACAUGUACUACUUCGAGGUGAUGUUCGGCGUGGUCGUCGCCUACGUAUUCCUACAAACAUUCGCCAUUCCCGGAUCACUGUUCCUGUCGAUUCUGCUCGGAUUCCUGUACAAGUUCCCCAUAGCCCUGUUCCUGAUCUGCUUCUGUUCGGCGCUGGGCGCCACGCUCUGCUACACACUGUCCAAUCUGGUGGGACGCCGCCUCAUCCGACACUUCUGGCCAAAGAAGACAAGCGAAUGGUCGAAGCAUGUCGAGGAGUAUCGGGACAGUCUAUUUAACUAUAUGCUAUUCCUGCGCAUGACACCGAUCCUGCCCAAUUGGUUCAUCAAUCUGGCGUCGCCGGUGAUCGGAGUACCGUUGCACAUAUUCGCCCUGGGCACCUUUUGCGGUGUUGCACCGCCCUCGGUGAUCGCCAUCCAGGCGGGCAAGACGCUCCAGAAGAUGACCAGCUCCAGUGAAGCGUUCUCCUGGACCUCAAUGGGUAUCCUUAUGUUCUGCGCCUGUGCCUCCUUACUACCCGGGCUGCUUAAGAACCGGUUCAAGCACAAGAAGGAAGCGUAAGGCGUUUUAAUCCCAGAUAUAGUAAUCGGAAAAAUUGGGAAUCCCUAGCCGGAUGAUCUCCCGGCAAAAACAAAAACAAAAAAAAACGCUAUUCCCCCAAACUGAAACCAAAACAACCAGAUAAAUCAUAAUUGUAAUUUAUAGAUACCAAGAUAUAAACAAAAAUUACCUAAAAACCGAAAAAAAAAGAUAAAAAGAUAGUGCGUCUAUUUUGUAAUUUAAAAAGAAAAGAAGACGCCCGCCACUUCCUACUCUCCUCUCCUAUCCUAUUAUACCCCUCAGAAAUUACGAAACAAUUUAAAAAAAAAAAAACAAAAAAAAGCCCACAUGCCGUCGGGUCUUGAUCCAAUAUUUUUAAGUGUACUACCUAAAAAAAAAUUAUUACAUGAUUGUGUUUUUUUUUCGAAACUUUUGCAUCAUAUAUUUCCAUCAAUUGUUUUUAAGUUAGUGAAUUUUUGUUUAGUGCUAUUGCAGUAUUUAAUAGAAAAGUUCUUGUGUAAGUAAAUCAAAUUAGCAGAAAUCCAUUGAAUAUUAUACGAAGCAUAAAUAUGUAUGGUAUAAUGGCAUUAUCUUGUCGGCAAGUAUCUGUCUCCGCAAGUAAAUGUUCAAAGACAAAUUAGAA